AUGCGGGUGAAUGAUGACCAAGGGGUCAAGAGGGACACAGAGAGAGAACCGAAACGGAUGAAAUCGGAGGCAGGAGCAUCGGAGAAAGGAGAAACAGCGGAGACGGCAGCCGAUGGCGAGAAGGGGGACGACGAGGACGUGAAGAGAGAGCGCAACCGAAAGUAUUACAAAAAGAAAAAGGUGGCGCUGUUUAUCGCGUACUGCGGCGCGGGCUACCAGGGCAUGCAGCGCAACCCGGGCGCGCGCACGAUCGAGGGGGAACUGGAGAAGGCGCUGUACCGCGCGGGGGCGAUACUGGAGAACGACCUGGGGGACUUCUGGAAGAUCGACUGGAUGCGCUCCGCGCGCACCGACAAGGGCGUGAGCGCGCUCGGGCAGGUGGUGUCCGUGCGCCUCGUGCUGGACCCGCCGGGCUUCGUGGAGCGCGUUAAUAAGCACCUGCCCAAGCAGGCGAGUGCCCUCACGUUGGCCUUUGUUGUGGACCCAAUAAAGUGCUACCCUGUGGCACCACCGUGCGUCGCGCCUGCUUUCGACGGCGAUUCCGUCUGUCUUGUCGUCCUUUACCCCAUCCCUCAUUCCUCGGACCCCUAUUCCCCCUCGUUUUACCCAAGCCUUGUUCCACUCAACCCUCGACCCCAAUUUCUCCCACGUCCCCCUUUCAACCUCCGCCCACCUUCCCCGUACUGUCACCACCAGGUGCGGCUGCUGGGCUUCGUUAAUGUCACAGCAGGGUUUAACGCCAAGGACCAGUGCGACCGACGCAGGUACGAGUACGUGAUCCCGACGUUCUGCUUCAACCCCCUGGCCCACCGCGACCGCGAGUACCUGCUGCGCAUGGGCCUCAUUGCGGACCCGGACGGCGCAGCGGACGCGCAGGGCGCGCAGGGAGGCGAGGCGGAGGGGUCGUUGGGAGAGAAGGUUCCGGACGGGAAGGAACAGAGUGAGGCAGCACAGGAUUCUGCACCUUCGGAAAAAGGGGAGAAGGAGCAGGGGAAAGAGAAGGAGGAUGACUUGACAGCUGCUGAUACCAACACAAAAGAAGCAGAGAGCAAACAAUCAGACAAAGCAGAGGACAAUCCAGCAGCAGAAGCACAAGACAAGCCCAAGCCCACCACGCCCCCCGCCCCUCUCCCUGCGGUGUUCACCCCGCCGCCCUACACGUUCGACUCGGCGGCACUGGCCCGUCUAAACCACCUGCUGGGGCUGUUCGUGGGCACGCACUGCUUCCACAACUACACCGUCAAGGUCAGCGCCAAGGACGCGGCGGCCAAGCGGUACAUCGUGUCGUUCGCUGCAGAGGGCGUGACGAGCAUUGAGGGCAUGGAGUGCGUGAAGUGCGUGGUGGUGGGGCAGAGCUUCAUGCUGCACCAGAUCCGCAAGAUGGUCGGCAUGGUGCUCGCUGUCAUGAGAGGCCACGCACCCGAGCAGAUGCUCACCGAUGCCUUCAGGAGGGACAAGCGCUACAAUGUGCCCCUGGCACCAGAGCUGGGUCUGUUCCUGGUGGAGUGCAUGUUCCCCGCGUACAACAACAAGUGGGCCGCCUCGCACCCCCUCGUCACGCUGGAGCCGUUCAGGGAGCAGGCGGAGCGGUUCAAGGAGGAGGUGGUGUACCCCCACAUCGUGAGCACGGAGCGCAAGACCCACGUGUUCGCCACGUGGCUCUCCAACCUCAACGACCGCAACUACCCCGACUUUGUGCUCGCGAGGGCCGAGGCCAAGGGGCUGCUGGGUGGUGGUGGGGAUGGUGAUGGGGACGGAGGAGUGGGGAAGGCAGAGGGGAGGGAGAGAGGUGCAGUGGAAGGGCGAGAGAAGUAG